CGGGUGGGCGCCGGCUCGGCUCGCGGUCCUGCGGGGUCGCGGCUUCCCGGCGGGCAGACGGCGUCCUCGGGGUGUCCUUCGCCUCCGGGCGCCCCGCGACAGCCUCACUCGUGGAGUUGCUUCGGGAAAUCGCGGCCCGCUGGAGGCUCGUGUACAAAAGUUUGGAAAUCUCUUGUAUAUUGCUUAAAAACGUGUCCCGCGACAGAAACAGAAUUCUGAUACUCUGGGAAGAUAGGCUCUUACUGAAUUGCCCAGGGGACUUUGAACUUGAGAUUCUGCUUCAGCCUCCCAGAGUACUAAGUUUGCAGACCAGAUGGCGAAAAGAAAGGAAGGUGAUUUCUUCUCUCCUGAAAAUGCCAAGAGACCAAGACAGGAAUCAGAGAAUUUUGAUAAAGAUAGUGAUGAAGAUGAAGGCACAGUUUCUUUGACUAAAGGCACCUCUACUUUGACUGCAGCGGAAGUUGGGAUAAUUGAGAGUAUUCAUCUAAGAAACUUCAUGUGCCAUUCAAUGCUUGGGCCCUUCAAAUUUGGUUCUAAUGUCAACUUUGUUGUUGGCAACAAUGGAAGUGGAAAGAGUGCUGUGCUCACAGCUCUCAUUGUGGGGCUCGGUGGAAAAGCAGUCGCUACUAAUAGAGGAUCUUCUUUAAAAGGUUUUGUGAAAGAUGGACAGAACUCAGCAGAUAUUACAGUCACAUUGAGGAACAGAGGAGAUGAUGCCUACAGAGCAAAUGUGUAUGGUGACUCCAUAGUUGUGCAGCAGCACAUCAGCGUGGAUGGAAGUCGGUCCUAUAAACUAAAAAGUCAGACAGGUGCUGUGGUUUCUACUAAGAAAGAAGAGCUGAUUGCAGUUCUUGAUCAUUUUAACAUCCAGGUAGAUAAUCCUGUUUCUGUUUUAACGCAAGAAAUGAGCAAACAGUUCUUGCAGUCUAAAAAUGAAGGAGACAAAUACAAAUUCUUCAUGAAAGCAACACAACUUGAACAGAUGAAGGAAGACUAUUCAUACAUUAUGGAGACAAAAGAAAGAACAAAGGAACAAAUAAAUCAAGGGGAAGAGCGACUUACUGAACUAAAGCGCCAUUGUUUAGAGAAAGAGGAACGUUUUCAAAGUAUUGCUGGUUUAAGUACAAUGAAGACUAAUUUAGAAUAUUUGAAACAUGAAAUGGCCUGGGCAGUGGUCAAUGAAAUUGAGAAACAGUUGAAUGCUAUCAGAGAUAAUAUUGAAAUUGGAGAAGAUCGUGCUGCUAGACUUGAUAGAAAAAUGGAAGAGCAACAGGUCAAACUUAAUGAGGCUGAAAAAAAAUACAAGGACAUUCAGGAUAAACUAGAACAGAUCAGUCAAGAGACAAAUGCACGAGCACCAGAAUGUAUGGCAUUAAAAGCAGAUGUCACUGCUAAGAAAAAGGACUAUAAUGAAGCUGAGGUUUUAUAUAACCAUUCCCUAAAUGAAUAUAAAGCAUUAAAGAAAGAUGGCGAGCAGCUUUGUAAAAGAAUUGAGGAACUUAAAAAAAGUGCUGAUCAGUUUUUGGAAACGGAACGGUUGGAAAGGCAAAAAAAAAUAUGUUGGUUAAAGGAGAGAUUAAAAGCCUUUCAGGACCAGGAAAAUUCAGUCAAUCAAGAGAUGGAACAAUUUCAACAGGCUAUAGAAAGGGACAGAGCAGAGCACGACAGGAUUAGGAGGGAAGAAUUAGAUGUGAAGCAUGCACUGAACUAUAAUCAGAGGCAACUAAAAGAAUUAAAAGAUAGUAAAACUGAUCGACUAAAACGAUUUGGUCCUCAUGUUCCAGCUCUUCUGGAAGCAAUAGAUGAUGCUUACCAACGUGGAUAUUUUACCCACAAACCUAUAGGCCCUUUAGGAGCUUGCAUUCACCUUCGGGACCCCGAACUUGCCUUGGCUAUUGAAUCUUGCUUGAAAGGACUUCUGCAAGCCUAUUGCUGCCAUAAUCAUGCUGAUGAAAGAGUACUUCAGGCACUAAUGAAAAGAUUUUAUUCACCUGGAACCUCACGGCCACAGAUAAUAGUUUCGGAAUUCCAGAAUGAGAUGUAUGAUGUAAGACACAGAACUGUUUAUCAUCCAGAGUUUCCAACAGUUCUGACAGCAUUAGAAAUAGACAAUGCAGUUGUUGCGAAUAGCCUGAUUGACAUGAGGAACAUAGAGACUGUGCUGCUAAUCAAAAGUAAUUCUGUAGCUCGGGCAGUAAUGCAGUCACAGAAGCCCCCCAGAAAUUGCAGAGAAGCUUUCACUGCUGAUGGUGAUCAGGUUUUUGCAGGACGUUAUUAUUCAUCAGAAAAUACAAGACCUAAGUUCCUAAGCAAAGAUGUGGAUUCUGAAAUAAGCAACUUGGAAAAUGAAAUUGAAAAUAAGAAAGCCCAAAUAAUAAAUCUUCAGCAACAUUUGUCUGCUUGUGAAAGGGAUAUUAAACAAAAUGAAGAACUUCUUAAAAGGUGCCAGCUACAUUAUAAAGAGUUAAAGAUGAAAAUAAGAAAAAGUAGUUCUGAAAUUCGGGAACUUGAGAAUAUAGAAGAACACAAAUCUAUAGACAUUGCAACCUUGGAAGAUGAAGCUCAUGACAAUAAAAUCAAAAUGAAAAUGACUGAGAAACAGAUGGAGCAGCAAAAAAAAAAAUUGGAGCAUUUCAAAAGUCUGAAAAUAGAAGCAGAAACCAAGUAUGAUACAAUUAAGUUGAAAAUUAAUCAACUGUCAGAGCUAGCAGAUCCACUGAAGGAUGAAUUAAACCUUGCUGAUUCUGAGGUGGAUAACCAGAAACGAGGGAAGCGGCAUUAUGAAGAUAAACAAAAAGAACACUUGGAUACUUUAAAUAAAAAGAAGCGAGAACUGGACAUGAAAGAAAAAGAGCUAGAGGAGAAAAUGUCACAAGCAAGACAGAUCUGCCCAGAACGGAUAGAAGUAAAAAAGUCUGCAUCAAUGCUAGACAAAGAAAUUAACCGAUUAAGACAAAAGAUACAGGCAGAACAUGCUAGUCAUGGAGAUCGAGAAGAAAUAAUGAGGCAGUACCAGGAAGCAAGAGAAACCUAUCUUGACCUGGAUAAUAAAGUGAGAACUUUAAAAAGAUUUAUUAAGUUGCUAGAAGAAAUAAUGACCCACAGAUACAAAACAUACCAACAAUUUAGGAGGUGUUUGACUUUACGAUGCAAAUUGUACUUUGACAACUUACUAUCGCAACGGGCCUAUUGUGGAAAAAUGCAUUUUGACCAUAAGAAUGAAACUCUUGCUAUAUCAGUUCAGCCUGGAGAGGGAAACAAAGCUGCCUUCAAUGACAUGCGAGCACUGUCGGGCGGCGAACGCUCUUUCUCCACGGUGUGCUUCAUUCUUUCCCUGUGGUCCAUCGCAGAAUCACCUUUCAGAUGCCUGGAUGAGUUUGAUGUCUAUAUGGAUAUGGUUAAUAGGAGGAUUGCAAUGGACAUGAUACUGAAGAUGGCAGAUUCCCAGCGUUUUAGACAGUUUAUCUUGCUUACCCCACAAAGCAUGAGCUCACUUCCUUCCAGUAAAUUGAUUAGAAUUCUUCGAAUGUCUGAUCCUGAAAGAGGACAAAUGACAUUGCCUUUCCAGCCCAUGACUCGGGAAGAAGACAGUGACCGGAGCUGACCUGUGAUUAACCUGAGGAGGGAUCUGUGAAAGGAAAGAAUUCUGACUAUUGAAGGAAGUGAAAGGAGACUGGGUUACUCCUUUUAUCUAGCCACAAUAAAAUGUGUAAAUAAACCUAGAAAACCAAGUACAACCAACAGUUUAAAACUACUGUUGCUUUCUUUGAGAAAAAUCAGCUUUAUAGUGCCGAUUUAAAGUCUUUUUGAGUUUGUUUGGUUUUGAGGAUUUGGGUAUUUUUUUUAACCAUCUACUUUUAUAGAUUCUCUUU